ACGUACAUAGUCCCCCCAAGAGACUCCCUGUAGACGAGGAGAAGCAGAGAAGAUGUAUGUUGUACAAACGACUUUUCGAAGCAUACAAACUGCUGCAAACUGUCCACGUCUCACCAAAUUUGCUCUUCACGCUCCUAAGUUUGUAGAGGUGGAGUUUGACAAUGGUAGUCUGUACAAUUUGUCAGCAGAGUAUUUGAGAAUAUAUAGUCCAGCCGUCGAUAGUAAGAUCAGAUCAGUUGGUGGUGAUAAGGUCAUAUCUGGGAGGCGACAUGUGGGAAUCAUGUCUGCUGAACCUAUUGGAAAUUAUGGGGUGAGGUUAUUGUUUGAUGACUUGCAUAAGACUGGCAUCUUCACGUGGGACUACCUCUACCAUCUUGGGAGCAAGAAGUUCACUCUCAUGAGAAAUUACGUCAAAACUCUAAAGAAACAUGGACUGAGCCGGGAACCUCCCAGAAGAAAGCAAUAAAGGACUGGAAAAGAAGCAAGGAUUACAAGUGAAAGAGAACUACUUCACAGUGGCAGGUUAAACAACUACGCUGAACUGCUGACACAGCAUGCAAAUCUUAGAUCUCUGUAACAUGUCGAAAAGCCAUGGUAUCUCAAGAAAGGUUCCAGAAGCAGCUGUGGUCAAGUUUAUGUAUGGCAGAGAGGAAAUUUUGCUAUUCUACUUUAAGUAGUUUGAUCUUUGCAGUUGAAUGGAUUAUAAGGCCAUUAUCCAGCUUUCGAUUUGCUUAAGAAUAUCAUGAUCCGUUGAAGAUCUUUAGCUUUAAACAAUUAUGAAAGAAAAGUCUAGGGGUGUCGAUGUUACAAAGACAAGCUUGACGGGACGGUAGAGAAAAAAAACAUGGCAAGGAAUAUCCUCCUUUUUUGGUCAUUCUUUUGUUUCCAAAUAUGCCAUAACUUCUGAAAACUAUAACUAAGAAAAGGGGACUAGAAAAAGAUUCGAGAUCGAAUUUGGUUAUUGAUACUCUCAUUUUGUUGCCUCUGUUUUACUUCUUGUACACAAUUUUUUUUAAGAAGCCUCCCCAUCCAGCAAUUUAACAGCCAGUAUUUUUUUAA